AUGUCUUCUUCUUCCACCACCAAACUGACCCUCAAACUUCUUAUUGACACAAAGAAUGAAAGAGUUCUCUUUGCUGAAGCAUCUAAACCCGUCAUAGACUUUCUUAUCAACAUGCUAUGCUUGCCUAUAGGCAACGUAGUAAAGCUUCUCAGCAAGAACGAAAUGGUUGGGAGCUUAGGCAACCUCUACCAGAGUGUAGAAAACCUCAACCACAAUUACAUGCAAUCUGACCACCAAACUAAGGACAUUCUCUUAAAUCCAUCUGCUCCCACAUGGUCAAUUGAAAUCUUUCACCUUUUUCCCCCACUUCAAAAAGCUCUAAGAACUUCAAGUGGAGUCUCUGACAUUAUUCUCACGGCUGAGUUGGACGAUGAGGAUCAAGAGGAAGAUGAAGAAUAUGACGAGGACGAUGACGAUGAAGAGGAAGAAGAGACAGAGGAGAAUGAUGAAGAAGCCAUGGGAGGAGAGACUUUGCUUUAUGUUUGCCCUAAAAAAUGUAGUUAUGAUGUUACAUGUGAUAAAACAACUCUUUGUUCUCGUUGCAAGAAACCGAUGAACCGAGAAACCCGUUGUGUUGGAAAGAAGUUUGAUGAGGAGUACCUUUCAAUUAAUAAUGGUUUUGUGAAAGAGGUUGUGACUUUCAUGGUCAUGGAUGAUUUGUCAAUUCAGCCCAUGCCGACCUUAUCAGGCAUUACCAUACUUAACAAGUUCAACAUCAAAGAGAUGGGUACCUUACAAGAAAUGGUAGUUGAAUUUGGAGUUGAAGAGGGUUCAAAGUUGCUUAAGGCUUCUCUGCAAUCAAAGAUGGUAUUGACGAGUGUUUUCAUCAAGAAGGAAUAUUGA